AUGGAAAAGAUUUCGAGUCCAGUGGUUUUGUUUGUUGUUCUGAGCUUAUUCAUAUGCGCUACCACUGUAUCUGAAGGUAAGGUUUAAAUUUUCUGUACAUAUGUUGUAAUUUGCGCUGGAAAGCUUUUUCAUUGCGUAGCGAAAUAUGAUAGAUUGGUUGGGAACAUGAGACAAUAUUCCUUUAACUUCAUCGGUAAAUGAUCAAUGGCUUUAAACUGCGAAUUUUAUUAACUAGUUAUUUUGAAAUCGUUUUUUAAAGAAAAUAUGAAAUGUAAAAGUAUGCUUCUUUGUGCCUUCAUAUAACAUAAUAUCAGUCCAACAGAGUAGACAAAACAUGUGGCUUUAUGUUUCGACCGAGGCAAUUUCUGACUUUCAAUUACCGAUUAUUCCGCGAGUGCAACUUGCUCAAAUUCCAUCAGGGUCAGGUGAAGAAGACCGGUACCUUGAAAAUUCAGUGAUAAUUGUCUUUGAAAAUAGAAGAUGAAUAUUAUUUUAGGACUUGAUCAUCUAAGACCGCUUUGUAAACAGUAGGCUGUCGGCGUCGCUCGAUAUUCGCGCUUGACUGACAUGAAUCGAAGUUACUCGAAACUUGCAUGUUUUUUAACUGUAAGACAACGUAACUGUACAUGAGUUCGCCACUGACUUUGAAAAGAAAUAAAAUUAACGGAAGAAUUAGGUGAAGCUUCAUAGGUAAAAUGGACAGGAUCGACUAUGUAAAAAGUGGUAUAUUAAUCAAAUAACGUAAGCGAGUAAAACUAUUACAAACUAAUCGUGUGGCACCAACUCAAUGAGUAUUGUUAAGCGUUAACUGGUUGUGUUACAACUUUUUCUCUAUGGGAAUACACCGAGAUUUUGAAACCCAUCAAGAAUUCUUAUAUAAACUUUCAGUCAUCUCAAGGUUGUGCGCGUUUUAAACAAUAUCAUCCGUUGCUUCUUCGCCCAACUGGCAUAGUUACCUCAACUUCGUCACACUUGGUUAAGUUCGACACAACUUUUUAGUUCCUUUUACAAACAGAACUUUAUUUUGCAUAACAACAAGACCCUCGGGCAAUAAAACACUGAUUUAUGCAGAAUAACAGACACGUUGUUUUGUUAAAUGAAUUACACAAUGAAGAUCAAAACAAGCAAGGCUGUUUUGAAGUUGAAACGUGCAUGAAAACUCAACUUCUUUUGGAGCUUUAAAACUCAGGCUAAGGUCACGUUUUAUGAAGUGAACCAAAAUAUUUCCACCGACAAAAUCUCAUAUUAUUACUGACAGAUCUAGUCAAGUCUCUCUAAAAGGGUCGUCUCAAAGGCGAAGGGAAAGAGGCGACUAUGGAGGGGUGGCAAAAAUAUGGAUUGUCGGCUUAUGUGGGCGGCUCGGCGAAUUUUGUUACACCGUUCGUCAGUCAGUGACUUGCAUGUUCUGGCCAUUGUAGAGAGGUCAUGAAUGAAGUGAGGUAUCACGUUAACGGAAAAAAAAAAAAUGAACUGUGAUUUGACUUACUUUUCGUAUAAUUCUUAGAAGUAUGUUAUAGAAAAAUAGUAAAAAAUAUAUUAUUCAUCGUAAAUUAAAAAUAUUAUCACUUGCUUGCGAAACGACCAGAUGCAGAUGGCAAAAAGUACAUUUUUUCUUGCCGGCUGCUGUUUCCAGUAAACGUAAUUUUAACUUCUCUGUUUUUGACAUUGAGAACGCGUUUUAACGAAUUUUUGCCGAAGUGGAGAGGUGUCUUUCCGAUUAAAAGGCAAUCCUGAACCAGACAAAGCGAAGAAGCCCCAUUUAAAAUACCAGUGGUGGGUACAUAUUUUUUUUUGUGCGGGUGGAAAAUACAUUUUCAGCAUGAAGUAUUGCUUCCUUUCACAGCAGCACCAAAAAACGUUUCUAUCAACGAGUAGGUGAAUAUUUAAGGCCACUGUUGGCGAAUUCGCGCGCCAAAAAUAUCGCGAGCAUUUCCCGUUCUUGCUGCCACAUACUGGAAAUGGUUAAGUGUAUGUGCUAUUCUCUUUUGUUUACAGGGACGAUGCCGUCCCCACGGGUAAAGUGCAAUCAAAUCGCUUCGCAUGAGAAAGUGGGGUGCCUAGUGCCGGAAAAUACAAACAUGACCACGUGUCUUUUUCUUGGAUGCUGCUGGAAUGAUACGGAAGCAGAUUCUGCAAAGAAAUGUUACACCAAAAGGUAAAAGAAAACAAAGUUAUUUUUAGAUAAGAAGAGAUAGCAGAAACUUACCAUAAUCGAAGGAAUGAAAUUAGUAAAUUUGUCCUGUUCCCUUUCCACCCUUUCAUUUUUAACAAAGACCAACCUCUGAUUUCUCCUUACAAUAUCACCCACUGAAUCCCACAUAAAGGUGAUAAGAAUUAAAGAAAUGAUCACCAACUUACGAAGUUCUUGAUUGUCAAACUCAUUCUCCUUGUGAGCAACGUAGGAAAUAUACAGAGAACAGUAUGGAGAAUAUGCACACUGAUGUUGGGGUGUAAAGGCUUAAUUCAAGACGAAACAAGAAAAGAAACGAAAACAAAACAAAGACAAAAAUAAACAAACUCAAUAAAAAAAAAAGUGGAGAUAGUUACACAAUUCGCAAAAAUAAUUUUUUUAAAUCGGUGUGAGUGUGGGGAAUAUUAGUAAGGAACCCACACUGUCGCUUUUUUCUUCCAGAUUUUGAUUUUUUAGAUCCUUUCGCAUACACAAAAAAUUAUAUCUCAGACUGACUAAAAAGCUCCAAUCAAUUGUUUCUUUAUCUUAUGGACACACCUUGAUCAAACGUAAGCUGAUUGGCUAUGAAAACCUUUCAGACAAAAGAUAAACAAACUUAUUCAUUAGAGCAGACAGAACGUACGCUUGAUUUCCGGCCAGAUAUUCCACAAUCAUUACAACUUUAGCUUAAAUCAAUACUAAUUAUCCUGUUUCCGACAUGAAGAAGCAGGAAGAGUUUGGUCUCAUUUUGUGCAAAACUGUUCAAAACCAACCACGCUAAUGAUUCUACCCCAAAAUGAAUCUUAGCACAGUUGAUACGCGAUCUCGCAAUUCAGUGUUAAGUUAAGCAAAAUUGGCAAGUGAAAUUACAUUUCAACUGCCCAAAGGGAAGAAGAAAAGUUAUUGCACGUAGAGUCAUAUUGAUGGUGAAGCAUUUCUUUUUUAAAAAACAUUUAUUGCCACAUGUUAACAGGUACAUUAAAUCCACCCAGAUAUUUACGUCGUAUCGAUGAACAACUGGUGUAGAAAAUGAAAACAGUGAGAUAUAUUUUUGUUUCGAAGAAAAGCAAGAUAAAAUAAGUAUAAUAGAAUGACAAAAUUUCACAUCUGAAGCCCCCGUGGCGCAAUGGACUAGCGUGUUGGACUUCUAAUUCAAAGGUUGUGGGUUCGAGUCCCACCGGGGGUGGAUUACCUUUUAUUUUUCCCUGGAAGUGAGUGUUAUAACAUAUUUAGAAUUUCGAGUUAGCCAAUUUUUCCAACUUUUUUGAGCCAAAAUUUCUUUCCUUGACUCACCGAGUGGUAUUUUAGAGGGGAAAUCCUGCGACUUGUAUACCAAAAAUAUGCUAAAUAGUCUUGCGCGUGCUGGUUGGAUACGUUGCCAUUGGCCUGUUGAUGGCCUCUGUUUAGACAACGAAAUUCCAUGUUCAUGAAGGAAUUUUGUUGUUCUCAAGAUGUAGUGGCUGCGAUGAAAUCCUUUUGAGCGCAUAUUCAUGGUCUUCUUACUCCGAUGGCUUUGACUUUCCACGCAUUACUUCAUAAAGUAUUAUACUCCGCUGGGAUUGGUUGGUUUCCAACAGCUGUGAGUGGUGUAUGUCAAUUAUUUGUCCCUUAGCGGGCCGAUCAAAGCAAUAUUGCAAAGAACUGACUACGAGGUCAUUAACACUUGUUUUUGUAUCUCUCUUUGUACUUCCCCAAUGAUUGGCUGACCAUAUUUCACAGAACGGCCCGCUGAAUUCCAAAUUGAGUGUAAAUUGAAAUUCUAUCCCUCCAUUUGGACCCAUUCUUUUCAGUUCGGAUUUAAGGCCCGCGCGCUUCGAACCUGGGCCAAAAAUUCGAGCAGACAAAAAAAAAUACGGUCCGUAACUUACAGUACUCGGUUGAUAAGAAGUAAAAAUAGCGGUUUGAUCAAGAUAUAGGAAGUUCAGUACUAACCUAUUUCUAUUUUUUCUUUGUUUAGAGGAGGAUCCUGCAUGCCCUAUCGAGGAAAAGUUUGCCAAGUGUCAUUCAACUCGACCCUCCCAACUUACCGCAACAGUGACCGUUUCUUUGACAACAAAUUCGGCUUGCCAGCCACCGAAGAAUUUCUUUCCAGGGGUCUACAAAUAAUCAACACGCUUGUGAAGGACGACGAAAAGUGCAGAUACAUCUUAAUAAAUAUGCUUUGUCAUUAUACUGUGCCUCCAUGUUACCCGGAUGGCACAGACAUAGAGUACUGUAGGGAGGACUGUGCGGCCAUUUUCAAGGAAUGUAGCGCCCCCCUGAAUCAAGUGAUUGGUGCCGUGACGUUGCAUGUGGCGGCGGAAAAGAUUGAUUUUAUACAUACAAGUCUACCGAACUGUUCCGGGCACCAUAAGGAAGGACACUUUGAAGACAAAACAGGAAAGAUCUGUAUCAAGACAGGCUUUUUCAGUAAGUGAACAUUUAUUAAGUAAUAAGAAACUUUUGUUGUGACAUCAACUUCUCCGUGUGUUGCACAUGGAAAUAUAUGGCAAUUUGGCAGAAUCUCGCAGCCUCAUAAAUUCCCUAAGGCUUUUUCAGCGCCCACUAUAAUGCGUAACUAAAAAUUUAUGUCGGUUUAUUGCCGUAGUAAUCCAUGAUUGAUAACAGUGUUUUUAGAGAGCAAAAUAAAAUAUUUCGUGAAAGUCAAGCAGAAGUAAAGUGGUUCUUAAGAUUUAGAAUAUUGUUCAAUCAUGGCAAGUGAUUAUUACAUAUUUUCCAUAGCUGUAGAAAUUCUCGCAAGCUCAUUGGUCGAGAAUUAUUGUAAAUAAGGUUAUACGCGACAAAAAUGACGUGGCAUGUAACUCAACGCUCGGCAUCCUCGCCAUGUCGGAGAAAACACUUAUCUCCUAGAAGUUAUUGAAAUUUUCUGAGAUAUUGACGGUAAGAAUAUUCCGGAUUUUAAGAUCGAUAUACUUAGAAAAAUGUCUGAAGAAGAACUUGUCGAGAUGGAAGAAAAAGCGGGGGAAAAUCUUCAGAGUUCUGUUCGCAAAGUUGAUAGAUGGAUAACCUCGUAGAAAUACUUGCCGAUACCGUAGCAAACGGCGCAAAUUUUUUAAACUAAGUGGGCAAUAAAAAAACCAUUCGGGGCUACUGAGUCUAUUGCCAUCUAUUUCUUAGUGGUAUUUCACUGUACAAGUUAUUACACAACUCAAGUUAAAACAAACAACGAAGCAAGGAUCGAUCAUGUCACGCGCGCGUAAUUUUUCGAAAACUUUGGCGUAUUCAGCUGGCACAAAAAUUUCAGUGUUAUUGUAAAAAACAAAUUGAUCACAAUUUUCCAUUGUCUAUAACCUUGUUAGUCAUAGAAAUGACGUCAGCAAUACUCAAAACUGUGCAGUGAAACCACUCGAUUGCCCUUCGUGGUUUCACUUUAGUUUUGAACAUUGUUGAAUUCUUUUCUAUGAUCAAUAGGGUUGUAGACAAAAGAAAAAUUGUGGUCAAUUUGUUAUGCUGAAUCCAUAGCCUGUGAGCAAGCCCUCGUUAAUAGGGCUGCCGCCCAUGGAAAGAUUUGAGAAAGCUAGGGACCUGGCACUAAUAAAAAGCCUUAUUAUCAGUGCCAGACCCCUGGCAGACCUCUCGCCUCAGGGCCUUAUACUUUCCCGCGGUCGCGCUAAAAGUGAGGGCCUGCUCGCACCGCAUCUUCAGAAAUUAAAUUGCAGUUUUUUCGCUUUUAUGAAAUACCAUCAUUGAUGUUUCAGCUUUGUGUGAUUUUUCCGGAGUAAUAUAUAGUGAUAUUUUAACCAUGCAGAGAGAGCAGAGUCUGGCAGUUAUUUAAAAAUGUUUAUAGUAAGUCAUUUUGAUUUGCUCAGAGCAAGUACUUUUAAACUAAUAUUCAACCAUAGAAGCUAACCCCCCCCCCCCUCCCAAAGGAGGAACGAUAGGUACGAUAGAAAAGCGCCUUCUCGUACAUCAUGAUGUUAAUUUACAGAUACAGAUGUUAGUCUGCUACAGUACAAUUAUUUCAUUGCAAACAAUUUUCGUUUCAACCGAUCCAAUAAGUCGACCUAAUCUGUGUUUUUCUUAUCCUCAGAUUACACGGAGACCACGAUGGGUGCAAACACUGAGAAACCAACCCUACAACCUGGUAGUAAACUGGUAAUUAUCCUUCCAAUUGUCAUAGUUGGCCUUUGCAUCAUUUUGCUAUGUGUCAUCGUGGUCGUUCUUCUUCGAAGACGUCAGAAAAUGAGGGACGCUGUGGAUAAUGGGCAUGCGCUAUCCCACAAAGGUUCCAUCACCAUGAGGGACAGGUUACGAGCGGAGUCCAUGAAGAGCCUGGACUCGCGCUUGUUAGGACUUUAUGACCCGAAAAAACUGAGGCAAUACAAUUUGGACCAUGUACAGUACGUGAAAGAUUUGGGAGAAGGUUUCUUUGGAAAAGUUUUUCAAGGUACUCUCUACCUAAUUAAAAUUCUACAAGUUUAUUUCAUCCUUUGGCUCUCUGUAACUCUUUGCGCAUCUCUUCCACAUACAAUUUGCUAUGACUUUGUUUGACUCAGGAGUAAAUAAGAUAGUUUUGUCAGGCAGGAGUAAAUAAAAAAAAAAGCUAAAUUAUAUUUCAAUAGGAAACUACCGUGAAGUUUAGAGUGAGAUAGCGAACGGCAGUACACGCAAUUACUUCUAAUUACCCUCUUCUUAAGAACCGGAAUCAAUUCAUUAGUUAUUUUUAGCCCAUUGAAUGUGUAACGAGAGCGAGGAGGUGGAGGUAAGAAUGAGGCGUAUAUCCCCAGUCCCUUCAAGUUUUUUCCUCAAAUUUUUUUUUAAGAGUAUUGUACCUUAAAACCGCAAUUUCAUGAUGCAGGUUCACUCGCAUAUCAGUUUUAUUCCUUGAAUAUUUGGUGGAAACAAAUUGAUAGGUUGUGCAGAUAUUACGGGGGACGUGAGGUAUGGUCCUGAACUUAAGGAGGCAGGGACAGGAUAUGUCACAGAACAUUGAAAUACUCAAAUCGAAGAUGUAGUAUGACUCAAUAUGCCGUUUAGGAUCACAUCUGGUUUUCAAAUCAUGACAUCAAGACAGCAGAAAGAGACAAAGCACAAAAGAUGUUUAAGGUGCAACAACCAAAAACAAAAACAAAGCAACGAGGAAUAGUUUUGUUUCGAAGAAAAACACGAUGAAGUAAAAUUAACAGAAUGAAGAUAAAGGACAAAACAAAAAAUGAAAAAAGGGAAAAAAAUGGAAGAUAGUCAAACAAUUUCGUAAGAACAAUUUUUUGAGAACGAUGUGAGAAGAUAGGAAGGGUUUAAUCUCACUUUGUGCAAAAUUCUUCAAUAAAAACCACACUCAUGAUUCUGCCUCGAAGUUAAUCUUAGCAUCUCGUAAUGGUCAAGUUAAGCAAAAAUAAAACUAUCUCAAUUGCCCAAAGGGAAGAAAUAAUAUCCUUGUAUGUAGAGUCGUAUUAAUAAAGAAGCAUUUCUGUUUUUUUACAAUUCAUUGCCAAAUGUUAACAGGUACAUUAAAUCAACCUGAUGUUUACGUCACGGCAAUCAACAAUUGUUGUAGAAAAUCAAAGCAGCGAGGAGUAUUUUUGUGUCGAAGAAAAACACGAUGAAAUAGAUUUAAUAGAAUGAACAACAUUGGUAUCUGAAGCCCCCGUGGCGCAAUGGACUAGCGUGUUGGACUUCUAAUUCAAAGGUUGUGGGUUCGAGUCCCCCCGGGGGUGGAUCUUUUUUUUCUUUUGGCAUAAUAUAUGACUGCUAUUUCUUACUUGGAUGUUUCCAAUCAACUCGAAGUGAAUAUAAUCACACAUUUAGGAAUUGUUCAUGUCAUCAGCUUUACUUAACUCUUUGGAGGCAAAUUCCUUUCCUAACUUAGGCAUAUAGAGAUUCAUGUCGGCUCUCCAUUUACAUUUUAGGUCGCGCUUCGGGUCUGAAUGAUAAACAACCCAAAAAGGUUAUUCCUGUGGCGGUGAAGGCGCUGAAGGACGAAGCGUCCAAGGAACAGAAAGAAGAGUUUUACCGAGAAGUAACUCUGAUGUCCAUUCUUACACACCCAAAUAUUGUUCAGCUUCUAGCUGUGUCAACCGAGGAGGAACCCUAUGGAAUGCUGUUUGAGUUCAUGAGUGGCGGGGAUUUGAAUCAAUAUUUGAGGAAUGCACUACCAGCGGAAACAUCGCUUGAAUCCAGCGAGAAAGGGAAAGGUAGGUUUUUCCAUGGACCAAGUCGAGAGAAUGGAGCAAUAUUACCUUAUCUUGCGUAGAGUUGUUGCUGUUUAAGAAUGCAAGUGUACCACAACUCUAACGCGAUAUAUAUGAUUUAACGCCAACUUCAAACGCUCGGUAAUUUGCGUUUUAGUAACUCGACAUGCUGCGUUCACGUUGUGCUAAAUUAAUGGGACAAUACAUUUGCGAUUUUCGCCAGCGAGACACACAUCAAAACUAGUUUUGCUCGGGUCUAGUGACUUCACUGCGAUGGAAAUCUUUGUCUAUACCGGUAUUAAUUUCGAGAUUCAGGCAAUCAAAUUUCCGGUUUUCGCACUAAUUCUUAUUGCCCGUGAUGUAAUUGUAAUCUAAUAGGUGAUCAAACUGCCUGGUAUACUUUUGAUGCACACAUAGUUGCAACAACUCAAAACCGGCGAAAAAAACUUAAGAACUUGCAAACGGUAGAUCUUCAACUUAACUGUGCCUUCUUGUCUUCUUUUUCGUCAGUUUAUCUCUCUCAAGAAUCCCUUGUGUCUGCCGCAACCCAGAUCGCUGCUGGCAUGCAUUAUUUAGCCGAGAUGAAAUUUGUUCAUAGGGACUUGGCGACUAGGAACUGUUUAGUUGGAGAUGACUUCGUUGUGAAGAUUGGAGAUUUUGGAAUGUCACGUGAUAUUUAUACUACAGAUUACUAUAAGGUAUGCUAAACAAACGAGUUUUCUUGUAGAGAGAGAGAUGUUUUCUCAUCUUGUCAAGAGCGUGGGACCAGCAAAAAAUUCUGAGUCCCCAUGACGAAUCGAACCUCACACCUUCGGAUUCCGUACUUCUAUGCUCUACCACUGAGCCACAGAGACUCUAUAUUGAGCAAGGCACAUUACGAAGUUUAUAUAUGACACGCGUCCCGCAUACUGCUAGGAUCAGAGGAUCAGCAAUGUCGUUAGCGUCAUAUUUCAUAUAUAGAAUAAGAAAGCUGUUUAGAUUUGAGCUCGGUAAAGAAAUAGAGAAAGUUAAAGUUGUUAGACGGUUUCAGCCAAAGCGUUUACAUCCGCGUUAAUACCCAAUCCAGAUCGUGUGAUGAUUCAUUCACGAGGAUACCAUUGUUUUACCUUUGUUUUUCUUUGACCAGAGGUGUUUGUCAAAUUGCACAUUUUAAACAUCCCUAAGGAAUAAACGUAGUAUUUAUCCUUUGAUCUGUACGAGUCACUAGCAUCUAAUUUCUCCUUAUAAUAUCACACAUUGAGGUAACACAUGCAGGUCAGGAGGACGAAGGAAAUGAUCACUUGCUAAAGAUGCUCUUUAUCGUUAAAGAGACCAUCCUUGUCGGCACAAUAGAAAUUUAUGGUGAACAAUUUGAAGAACAUGCAUGUCAGGGUGUAAUGGGUUAAGAUCUAAACUGGGUGGCAAAAGGAUGUAAACACGUUUACCGAAUACUUCUAUUGUCGAAAAUUUCAAAGGAAUUAUGAGCGAGGCUCUUCAUUAGAACCUGAAACUCAGUAUUAAGAUGGUUACAAAAAACAUACGUUCAUCUAUUUCUAUUUCAUUUAUUUUAAAUGCUGUAAAACAAGUUAAGAAUGAGUUAAUUACCAUGAUCUGUUGGAACAAACAGCACUGAGCCAGUUAUUAGCUGGCAGUGACCGACACACAGACAAACCAAAAUAUGAAAUAUGUGUUUCAAACACACAUCAUUACCAGAUUUAAAUCGCACUAUAGAGGAAGGAGAAUAUGAACCUUUUUUUGCACAUUAGGAACAACAUCUUAUUCACGCAGUGCGAAAUUUAAAUACACCCACAUUAAACAAUCGAUCAAAUGAUGAUAGUAUUCUACAUGAUUCAACGGCGCGGGAGGCUUUGGACGUUAAUACCAGGUUACACAUGCUCUCAUUGCCUUUGCAUCGCAUAGUGAGCUUCUAAUUAAAUGUAUCUUUCGCCUGUGUUAAGCAAUAUAAAGGAAAGAACUGUGACAUCUCUUUACUUCAGGUACGAAAGCAACAGUCGCCCAACCAUUCAACCCACCAUGAAUAUUAGCUUCCUAAAAAAUCUACCAGAAUCACCCCCCACGGGGAGGAUAUGUCUUAUCGUCAGUUUUGCGGAUGGUUUAAAUCUGGCGCUCGUAUGAUAAUCGGAAAUUUUGAAAAUCCCGCGUGUGUUUUGAAGCUGUUUCCGCCAUGGUUCCAAAGUGGCCUUAUACGGUCAUUGUUAAUCAUUUAACAAAGCCUGCUGUAAUCUAAGUUGAUCCACUUUUCUUGAUACGUAAAGUCAAGCAGGGAACAGGAACUAGUCCGGACGAGGAAAGAAACAACAGAAAAAAUAAGGAGAUAUGUUUUUAACUUGGUGCAAGGGUGGGAAACAACAUAAAAUGUGGCGUGUUGGAAGAAAUGUAAACAUGUUUGAUUCUGAAUGCAUGGGAAAUUGACGGAAAUAUAUGUUAGAAUUAGUCCAAACUCUUCGUGAAGUCCUUCAAAAUAUUUCAUAAGUCUCAUGUCUAAGAUAGUUUUUUAAUCUUUGCAUACUUUCAGAUGAGUAAAGAAACAUUGUUGCCCAUCCGCUGGUUGGCUCCUGAAGCUUUUCUGUACGGCAAGUUUAGUCUCCAGUCGGACGUAUACGCAUAUGGCGUGGUACUCUGGGAGAUUUUCACGUUUGGUCUUCAGCCGUAUUAUGGUUAUACCAAUAAAGAAGUGAUGGAAUUUAUUCAAAAGGUAUUGUGCUCAUCGAAAAAAAACCUUUCAUUUUUAUGAGAAUUUGCGGCAUUUUUUUUAAACAGAUGAUUGUAAACCAUGAGGUAGGGGCGUCCCGCUAGUUCCUUUUGGAAUGUAGAGGAAUACCGUAAAGUUUUUUUUCAUUUGAAAUUGUCACUUUUUUGGUGUUGCUGCUUCCGAUGACCUCCACACUAUCUAUCACUCUUGUAACUGACCCAACCAUUCAACCAACGGACUUACAUUUACCUCUUCUAUGAAUCUUUGUCUAGCUGUAAGUCUUUUUAUCCGUCUGUCUGUCCUGUCUGUCUAUCUCACUCAGUCUGUCUUUCCAUUCUGCAGGUCUAUCUGUCCGUCUACGUGUCCGUCUGGCCAUUCAUCUGUCUGUUAGUCGGCUUGUCUAUCUGCCUUCCUAUCCGUUUGUCAAUCUGUUCGUGUGUUCGACCGUCCGUUUCCGUUUGUUCAGCUCGCUAUCCACUAACUGAUUUAGUUACUAACUUGUUCCUUCGAACAGGGUAUUCAUUUAGGGAAACCAGACAACUGUCCGGACUUCGUAUACGCUAUAAUGAAAGAUUGUUGGAAAAAAGAACCAGAGAAGCGUUUGGAAUUUACAGCUAUAGGCAUGCGUCUAAAAGACCCUUACCACGCUUAUGACAUGCCUCCCGCUUCAGAAUCUGAGGAAGAACUCGAGCAAAGGGAGGAAGCAAAAGAAGGCGACGAGAUCUUGUCAUCAGGUAUAUUGCAAUUCAAGUAAUGGGGGGGGAAUAGGACACUGCUGUCGCCGCAAAAACCGGAUUUAAGCGCUUGGAGUCAUGAGCCAUGUGUGUCUUUAAGUUAUUUAACUAUUAUUGUAACAUUCUUCUACCUUUAGUGGAAGUUGCGCCUCCUUAAAUUACGCGCAAACAGAUACACUUACCUUAUCGUUGUCCUAAUUUCAGACACUGGAAACUACGACAUCCCCAGAAAUUCUGCCUCAAGUGAUUACGAUAUCCCGCGUGCGAUAACGCUAGAGUCAGAUUACGACGUACCGAGAUCAAACGAAGAUAUUCGAAUGAGCACUGCCGAUAACGACGACGACGACAACGACGACGAGGAAAAAGAAGCUCCGAAAGAUGUUCCAGUUUAAUUUGUUUACCACCACAUUAGAACAAUCUCGUCGUUAUACAACUAUCAAAUGGACCAUACAUGAAUUCACACUAGGCAUGUAAACUACGUUGUUAGAUUUUUUGACUAGUUGCUUUAGGAAUUAUAAAACUCGACGCAGUUUACCGUGACAUCAUUUUUGCAAUAUGUUGUAUCUUGUAUGUCAUAUCUACCCAUAUUUAGUGAUGUUUUGGUGACUGAAAUUAUGAGAUUCCGUGGGGCCUUCUAGACCUCUCUUCAGCCGCAUCUGCACCUGCAAAAAUUGCCUUUGCUGAACCAAUGCUUCGUUGAAAAAUUUUUUAUGGCAAUUUCUUGUCAAGGAGAAACUUUUCAAAGACGCAAUUUGUCAGUGUAGAUAACUUGACAAGGAAAAUGGAGAGGACUUCAGAGAAAUUUAAUCCUACUUCAAUAAGCUUGUUCAACGCUGAGGACAAGGGUAUUUUUUUACGGCUUGACAAGUGCAUUGGCAAACAGAAUUUGCUCGUUUUAAUGCGGCUUUUCUCAUGCUUGAUGGAUUUAUCAGUCAGCAACGCUCACGUGGUAAUAAAUAAUUUCCAAAAAAAUAUUUAUAAUCUUGCAAAAUCAACAGACGUAAAAAAUUCUACCUGUUUUGCCUUAAUCUAUUUAAAAUUCAUCUCGAGGAAUUGAUUGCCUCUUAAUUUCAUAUAUUUACCUUGAAAUUAAAUUCAACUCCAGCCACCCUUAACAGUUUGUUUUUUAUUUGAUACCAAAAUCUCGAAUUACAGUGCAACAGAAUCGUUUCUCUGUCAAAACAUUCGCAAACUUUGUGAAGUUUUUCUUCUUUCUCUUAUUAAUUAUAGUCGUUAUGAAUAGAUGCUUAUGAUGUUUCGUGUUGUUUGGACCAAAUACAUUGUUAACUGCAUACAGAAACGAUGCGUUUCCAUGGCAGUUAAAUCCUAGUAAGUGAGCUCACUUAGCAUGGACCUGAGAAAUACCUUGUUUUAACAUUUAAAUUACAAAUUCUGACCAAAAAUAUUGGACAAAAACCCCUCUUGACCACUAUACAAAUUGUAACAGUGUAUUAUCAGGCCUAAGGUAAUAUGAUACACAAGUAAAACUUUAGAUUUUGUUCUUUCAUAAAAUUUUUGCACUAGGUUCGUGAUCAAAAUUCGAUCCAUGUAAUCAUUUAGUGCGGUCUUUUUUUUCAUUUCUGUUAUUUCCUAUAACUUGAUGAAGGUCAGAAAGGAAGCUAAUAGAUGGAGAAUUUAAAGAAGGCAUUAAAACACUUUAUAUUCUCUAUCAGGACGUAGUUGUAGAGACAUGAAAUCAAACUGACCAACGACUCCAUUAAUAUACCUAAAAACGUUAGCGUAUCACUAUUAACAAAGUAAUUCUUUUGGAAUAUUUUAUUCAAACCUACACAGUUGUCAAAUCUUGUUCUGUGAUAGUUGAAAUAUGAAUUAGAUCUCAAAAAUAAGGCAAGUGUAAAACAUUUUUGUAUGUUAGUAUAGUAAUUGUAUUGUCAGAAGUAUUGAAUAAGAACAUUAUUUUAG